GCUCGGCUGCCCGCCCUGCGGCGUCUCACGUCGUGCGCGCUGCUCCCGGUCCCGCCGUCAUGUCGACUGCUAUGAAUUUUGGGACAAAGAGCUUCCAACCGCGGCCCCCGGACAAAGGCAGCUUCCCGCUGGACCACUUCGGCGAAUGUAAAAACUUCAAAGAGAAAUUCAUGAAGUGUCUCCGGGACAAUCGUUUUGAAAAUGCUUUGUGUAGAAAUGAAUCCAAAGAGUACUUAGAGUGCAGGAUGGAAAGGCAACUGAUGGCACCAGAGCCGCUGGAGAAGCUGGGGUUUGCAGAUCUAAUGGAUGGAAAGUCAGAGGCAAAGAACAAGUUUUGAUGAGAAGUCCACCACAGGUCAUGUCCAUGGCUGCUGGAAGCAAAGCUCACCCCACUGACUGUCGUCCACGGGCUCCCCAGCCCCCCGACUGUAGAGUGGAAGGGCUCAGCUCGCGUGGGGUCACUGUAGCGAGCGGGGCUAGCCUGUGGGGACCAUGCCACUCCCAGAAAUGCUUCCUCUGUGCUGCUUGUUUUUCCCUCAGAGUAGUUUUAUUUAUAUCCGGGUGUCUCACAGGGUCCCCAGGGGUCUGGUGGCUAGCUUGAUGCCUUACCUAAUGUGACCAGUCAGUAGACCUGUCUCCAUACAGACACCUUUUAGUCUAACACCACACUGUGCCAGGAAAAUGCCUUCUGUUCUCAGACAUGUUUAAGCUUGGUCCCCAUUUCUUUUCUUUUCUUUUUUGGAAUUUACUAUGUAGUCUCAGGGAGGCCUCAAACUCAUGGCGAUCCUCCUACCUCUGCCUGCCAAGUCUGGUGGUGCACACCUUUAAUU